UUCCUCGUUGGUUGGAGCUUUCUCGAAUCUCGAGGCGCUUUGGAACGCUGUAUUUCAGCUGUCUCCAAAGACAACUGCAUACUAACAAUGUAACAAAGAAGAUUGUAAGUCAUUAGUCAAAGAGAAGUGUGAAGCAUAUUUGGCAAGAUGAACAUCUCUGGAAGCAGUUGUGGAAGCCCUAGUUCUGCAGAUAUAUCUAGUGAUUUUAAGGAGCUUUGGGCAAAACUAAAGGAGUACCAUGAUAAAGAAGUUCAAGGUUUACAAGUAAAAGUUACCAAACUGAAAAAGGAACGAAUUUUAGAUGCACAGAGACUAGAAGAAUUUUUCACCAAAAACCAACAACUGCGAGAGCAACAAAAGGUCCUUCAUGAAACCAUUAAAGUUUUAGAAGAUCGGUUAAGAGCAGGAUUGUGUGAUCGCUGUGCAGUAACUGAAGAACAUAUGCGGAAGAAACAACAAGAGUUUGAAAAUAUCCGGCAGCAGAAUCUAAAACUUAUCACAGAGCUUAUGAAUGAAAAGAAUGCUCUGCAGGAAGAAAAUAAAAAGCUUUCUAAACAGCUGCAACAGCGGAUUGAGAAUGAUCAACUGCAUCAAGCAAGUGAACUUGAAUCUGAGGAAGAAGUUAUUCCAGAUUCCCCAAUAACAGCUUUUUCCUACUCUGGGGGUAACCGACUGCGAAGAAAGGAGAAUCUCCAUGUUCGAUACAUGGAACAAACACAUGCUAAAUUAGAGCACUCUGUGUCCACAAAUGAGCUGAAAAAAGAUCCAAAGUCUUCAACUCAUCUACAACAGAACCCUAAUGAAAGUGAAAUUCUGGUCGCUGACAGUUGCAAUCAAAGUCAACCUCCCAUGGCUAAAACACAUGGAACAAAUAGUUACUCCACUGAUAAGUCAUCUUUUAAUUUAGCCACAGUUGUUGCUGAAACACUUGAAGUUGGUGUUCAAGAAGAAUCUGACUCGCAGCGUCCCAUGAGCCCUCUGGACGAUGACUUCUACCACUGUCUGGAAGAAGAUCACAAGAAACAGCCUUUGGAGGAAUCUGCAAGAAAUAAUGGAGAUGGUUUAAGAUUUUCAGAGUCUACUGCCAAGACUUCUCGCCAAGAAGAAUCAACUACUCGGGCAUCAUCGCCUGUGUUUGGUCCCACUUCUCAUGUGAAAAUUAGUUUAGGUUUGAAUACGAGUUUAUCCCCUUCUCUUCUAGAGUUUGGAGGAAAAAAACAUCUGAGAAUAGCAUCUUUCAACAAUAUUUCUAAUCCUAGGCCAGAGAAAAUUAGAUCAAUAUCUGAAAAUAGUGGCCUUUUCACACAUCCUGAUGUUGGAUCUAAAGAGAACAUGAUCGUUAGCCAGUUAUGUUCUAAUAAACAGAUGCUCAUACUUAAGCGUGUCAGCGAGUCUGUAGGUACUCAAGACAGUACUGAUCAUCGUAAAGAGGGCGUCACUGAUAAACCCCUGGUGCCCUUGAAACCACUGGGAAGCAGAACAUCCAAGAGGAAGAAACCCGAGGAAGAAAGUGAACAUGAAAUAAGCUAUCCCCAAGCUUCUUUUGAUAAAGAAAAUGCUUUUCCAGUGGAUAGUGAUGUUUCCAGCCGCAGAGAGUAUAUGAUGGAUAAACCUCUGGAUCUGUCUGAUCGGUUUUCAGCUAUACAGUGUCAGAAAAGCCAAGGAAGUGAGACCACUAAAAACAAAUUUAGGCAAGUGACCCUUUAUGAGGCUUUGAAACCCAUUCCGAAGGGCUCUUCCUCCAAUCGUAAGGUCUUGAAUGGGAGCUAUGUGCUACCCAAAGAUUCCCCAGAGGAUCCCUGUUUGCAGGAGUGCACACCCCAGACUUUGAGGGAACCCUCUCCAGAUGAGAAAACAUCAUUACCAAUAAAAGAAGAAAACGCUGUCUUCAAAAUCCCUCUACAUCCACAUGAAAGUUCGGAAAUGGACAAUCUUUGUGAUGACAUGAAGGAUACUACUUCUCAUGAGCCACUGAAAAUGAAAGCCAGGACCACCCAAGGAGCAUGUGAGCUUACAUCAGUUCUUCAGUUAAAUCCCUGUCGAAUUGCCAAGAUAAAGUCUCUACACAACAGUCAUGAUGUAUCCUUUGAAAAUGUCCAGUGGAGUAUGGAUCCCGGAGCAGACCUUUCUCAGUAUAAAAUGGAUAUUACUGUAAUAGAUACAAAAGAUGGCAAUCAGUCAAGAUUAGCAGGAGGAGAGACCGUGGACAUGGACUGUACAUUGGUUAGUGAAACUGUGCUUUUAAAAAUGAAGAUGCAAGAUCAGAAGGGAGGAAAAAGUCCAAGUGAAGAGAGAAAAAUGAAUGAUAGCUUGGAAGAUAUGUUUGAUCAGACAACACAUGAAGAAUAUGAAUCCUGCUUGGCAGAUAAUUUCCCUCAAGUAGUGGGUGAUGAGGAAGAAUUGCCAACUACCCCACAGAAACCAAACAGUCAUGGUGAUAAAUAUGAUACAAUCAAACAGAAAGCUUUUUUGGAGCCAUAUUCCAAGGACGAUGAAAGAGAUACUAGCAAACAAAAUUUUCCUCAUAUUGAGGUAGUUCGGAAAAAGGAAGAUCGAAAGAAACUACUUGGACACACAUGUAAAGAAUGUGAAAUUUAUUAUGCAGAUAUGCCAGCAGAAGAAAGAGAAAAGAAGUUAUCUACCUGCUCAAGACACCGAUUCCGCUACAUUCCACCCAACACACCAGAGAAUUUUUGGGAAAUUGGUUUUCCUUCUACUCAGAUUUGUAUGGACAGAGGUUACAUUAAGGAAGAACGUACUCCCUGCCCUCGUCCAAAAAGACGGCAGCCGUACACUGCAAUGUUUUCUCCAAAGGGCAAAGAGCAGAAGACAUAGAUGUUCAGGCAAAAUCAGGAUAGAGGACUUUUUUCCUUUUUGGUUAUUUAUAGUUAACGUUAGUAUUAAACACUGAUUUUUUUAAUCUUUGUAAACUGAUUUAUUAAUCAAUUUUGUAUUGAAAAAUGUUUGUAAAUGACAUUUACCGACCACACAAACAAUUAUUUAAAAUGUGGAUGCGUUGAUGUACUUUCUUGCUUUUUGCACCUUUAAAACAGUAAGGUGCUUUCAUUUUGCACUCUUAAGAGGUGUUUAUUUACUUUGGUAAAACCCAAUUACAGUUUUGAAAAUACGA